CUGUUUUGUGAAACCGGUAGAAAUAGAAACCUUAUUAUAUUGCCUUUAGUGCAUUACACUUAAAGUAUGCUUUAAAGUCUUUAAACCCUCUGUCUGGAAAGUAAUUCUAUGAUGGCAUAGAGCAGUGAGCUAAAUGUUUGCGUAAUAAUUUAGCACUGGCAUUAUUAUGUAAAUAGAUAAACUUCCUGAUUCACAAUGACGUUAUAAUAAGUCAUAUUUGCUAAGGCGAGUAUCACGGACAUCACGGUAUUACAGUAUUACUCAGUCUCGGCCGUAGCCUGAAUCAUGUCAAAUUAGAACAUAUCUGUACUUUAAUUAUUGUAUCGGUGCCGCUGAAAAUGUGGGACAAAGCGAAGCUAUACUGGUCGAAGACCAAUCGUUGGCAUAGAGUGUUCCUGAUACUUCUGAUAGUGGAGCUGCGAUUGGUGCCCGGAGGCCAGGUUGGGUUCUGGUGUAACGACCCGGCGCUGUCACACCCGUUCACCGGAGACACGGUCCACUGGAAAUGGCUGCUCGUUACAACUAUAUUCCUUCCUCUAGUUGUUAUGUUGAUGGCAGAAAGAAAAUACCAUAAAAAUGAGAAAUCCAAGUUAAAAACGAGAUCUCAAGCAUUGUCCUGGUACAAAGAGUAUCUGUUCGGUCUUCUCCUCAAUAUAACUGUAGUACAAACCCUCAAGCUGAUGGUGGGGUCUCCGAGACCGCAUUUCUUUGACACAUGUCAGCCGGAAGAGGCUUCAAGCUGUCAAGGAUCAGAAUACGUGCAGAGUUACACAUGUACGAAGGCAGUAUGGCAACAUCAGUCGGACAAGAGCUUCCCAUCCGGACACACGUCGCUGGCGUUGCACGCGGGGAUUUUUAUCGCAUAUUAUAUGCAUCGCCGCGCAGGGGAAACUAGGGUAAUAUGGGGCCUGCAGGGUCUGACGCUGCUGAGCGCGCUGUAUUGCUGUUUGUCCCGCAUGUCGGACAAUCGCCACCACUGGUGGGACGUGCUCGCGGGUGCCACACUCGCGUUGCCCAUACUGUUGUACACCAUUAUUUUCCUCUGCAAAAACUUCGAGUGUCUCGAAACGAAUUGCGAGAUUGAAUCCGACAUCGAUCAGUCCACAGCCACCAGUGGUACAGAUAAAUCACAUACCAGUGUCCAGGCCAGAGCCACACCCAGCGAAACAGACAAGUCAUAUAGCAACGGAACAGAUGUCCAUACGUAACAGAGUUACAUAAAAAUAAUCGAGGGAUGGGCGGUCAAAUCCGAUAAGUCGAGAUAUUUUGUCACUUAAAUAAGAACUCUACGCACGUUACAUAUAGUUCUAAUUUCAAAAACCCAUUUGCACGACUUAUCGGGUUUUGCCGCACACCCCUCGCAAUUACCGCAUUAUCAAGGGUAUCGAAACUUCGAAAAAUAUUUGUCCUAUGCUAUGUUUAAUUUGACCGAAAAUGCUUAUUGUAUUGUAUUUCGAAUACACUGUAUUCCUGUAAUUCUGAACGUCGAAAAACUCUAUCGAAGGUCUAUUAUGAUGAAAAUUUGGGUGAUUUUCGGAUUUAUCUGACAUAGGAAAUUACCCAAAUACACCUUAUCGCAACUGCGAAAACUGGUUUUCCCAUGUUUCAUUUCCCAAAUUUUCAUUUGACCGAACAAGUUUUUUUCAAAAAAUACUGAAAUUUUACUUUCAAAAAAAUGCAAGUAGAAGCCAUUGGGUUAGGUUAGAUUGUUGGCGCUUCUAAAUAACCGAUGGUUUUUGAAAAAAAAACGCGUUCGGUCAAAUAAAACAUUGUACAACAGAACUAAUGUUUCGAUGUUGCGAUUGGAUGCCAAAAACAGUGAACGUUUUAUUAUAAUGGUAACUUUACUUAUUUAUUUCUUGACUUUUAAUUAUUGCAUCACAUUCCAAAACUUUUGUAGAAUAUAAGAAUUGUGUUGUGUAUCGGUGUAAGCUAUUUAUUUAGAGUUAAGUCAGUUUUUUAUGCACCUAGUCACCAAAUCUGUCUGAUAGUGAGAUUAUUUUUAUUUUUUUACUAUACCAUUACUAUUGUUAAUGAUGCUCCCUCACUGGCUGUUAUAACAUCGUAUGACAUGUGACAAGAGUCUUCAAGAGGGCUUUUUUUUGUAUGGUGUCCAUAGAUAAAUAAGCCCUUUUGAGAAGACUCCUUAUGUGUACAACAUGAUAGUAUGAUAGUAGUAGUGGUUUAUUAAAUAUGUUGUUUCAGUCACACAAUGUUUUGUAACUGCCAGUGUGGGAACACCAUUAGCGAUCCAGUGAUUGUAAAUCAAGUUACAUACUAGAAAACUAGUAUUUUCAGAAGUAAAAAAUGUAAUUAUAUUAAAUUAUGACAAUAUAAAUUAAUCUAAGAGUAGCACCAAUUGCAAUGCCUUACCAGUAUUUUAAUUAAUUAUAUAUUUUUGUAUUCGCGAUUUCGCGCAUAGACACUCGUCGUAUAUUGCAUCCCUUUCCUGUAUCCUUGAGACCCCGCAUACAAAAUUUUACAUUUUCCACAAUCUAUUCUGAACUGUUAUAAUUAUGUGACGUUUUCAACUAAAAGGUCAUUGUCGGUUGUCGAACUUUGUGGGGUCUUAGGAGGCUAAGGCCAACUUGCACCAUCCCAACUCGAGGUUAAGCGGUUAAACCGUUAACCCAGUGUCAAAUUGUACUGGUAACCAUAGUAACUCCAGGUUUAACCGGAUAACCCCGGGUUAGUGGAAUGGUGCAAGUGGCGCUAAUAAUGUUUCUAAUACAACUGGAUAUAGGGAUAAUCCGGGAGACUUGCCCAAGUAAAAUAUUUUUAUUUGUCAGACAUGCGUCAUCAGGUGAUAUUGGAUUACUAAUGAAAUAUUUUGAAUUUGGUACUUUUAAGUUUAAGCUGGGUUCAACACUCUGACCUGGGCAAGUCUCUCGGACUCGCCCUAAGCUUGGAUGCUUGGUUUUGGGUACAGAUGUGCAAGUUGCUGAAAGUUUCCAAAAAGCUGGAAAAAUUAUCAGAAAUUUCAGAAUAAUAUCACAGGAAACAAUGGAAACUUUCAUUUUGGAAAUAUAAAAUGUACACUUCCAUUCAUAAGUUAGAAGUUUCCGAAACUAUUCCGUGUGGAAAUUUCGCAUUUUUGGAAACUUUCCGACGGUACAUCAGUAAUUUGGGUAAAUUUUGUUUGGUUUGGGGCAGUUAUAAGUAUAUAAGAUUUGAUAGUUGAUAGAUACUUUGUAUAUAAGAUUUGGAAUACACGCUUACCUCGCCGUAUAAUACGCGUUGCCAAAUAUUUUUAUACAAUUAUAGGUGUUUGUGUAGAUAAUAAGCACGGAUGAAAUUAAAACAACGAAUUCAUAAAUAAAAGUAUUUUUAUUAACCACCAUAGCUUAGACAUAAACUGGAAAUACAAUCCUGCAUUUUGCAUAUUGACAUCUCUGAUAAAUAGUUUUGAUAAGUCUUUUUUGCUUGAGUUAGAGCGGUUUCGAACUACGUCCGAUCCGAAUCCUAUCCGACCCCUGAAAAUAUGGUCCGCAGUAGCCGUAGAACUACUUCUAUGGUAAGUUUAGUUAAGUUUUCACGGCUUUGGAUCGGACGUAGUGCGAAACCGCUCUUAAGGUCCAUGUUACAAUAACAGGUUUACCUUUAAAAUUAAACCAUCAUGUUGCUAAAUUUUUAAUAAAUUAAAUGCAAGAAAUGCAGACAUCGGCCGUUUAAAAAACAUUUAAGUCUUUAGACAAAGAUACGCUAAAUAAAUUACUACAUUAAAAUGCAUGAAAAAAGAAAACUUAUUCUAACCGAAUGACAAAAAAUUGAAAACUAAAGGGUCGUGAAUGCCUUAACAUCAGACAUGAAAACGUGCAUUCCGACUAUUCCGAGGGAUGGGCGCCAAACCCGAUAAGUCUAGAUAUUUAUAAGAACUACGCACGUAACAUAAAAUUCUAAUAUCAAAAAAACAUUUGGACGACUUAUCGGGUUUUACCGCAAACCCCUCGAAUUUCUUGGUGAAUGAAAAUUACGUUUAAGUUUUAAUUCGUACCAGGCGCCAAAAACGGUUUGUCUCAUUGUCAGAUCUAACUGAUCUUGGAGUUUUCUUAAAAGAAGGACGUCUUUUUUUUUGUUUAUAAUGUAUUAGAUUUAACGUGUGAUUCUAUAGUUCGUUUUUUUUAGCAUUAGAAAUAAGGUAAACAAUCUUGAUGCGUCUUUUAAUUGAAAAACACAUUUUAAAAAUAUGCUACGGCAAAUAUGUAACAAUUAUGAAUCUAAUACGAUCAUUUAUAUUCUUCUCCUUUCAUAAGUAAUAGUUAUUGAUUUUUAAAAAGCGUUUUUCAAUUAAAAGACAUGUCAAGAUCGCUUACCUUCUUUCAAGUUCUUUCUAAUGCUAAAAUACGACUUACGAGUAUGUAUGACAGAAGUGAUAGAAUCCGACC